GCACCACUUCCGGGAGUUGGAACGCAAGACGCGGCGAGUAAUUUUCACACCUGAGUCUUAGCAUCUUGAGCACCACGCGUGCAAGCACUAGUUGUGAAUGAACGGCCUGAUAUGGGAGCCAGUGUACAUUUAAUUACAUCAAUUAUUAAACUUGAAAAGUGCCCUUUUGUGUGAGGCGUUUUUUCAGGCCUUGCGGAUCUACUUCCGGUCUGGGAGUAUAUAAACCCCCGGGGCAUGGAUGUCCACAGCAUGUCUCCUGGGAACACAUGGCUGAUAGUGACUCCUGGAUGCUCACACAGAAGUGGACUGGCCUCCAGUGAGAGACGAGUCACAGGACUAUGACCUCAUCAAGUUAAAUCGCAAUGAUACUCACAGCGUUCUGAGGGUUUGGCGUCGAUGGUACACGUGUGACCCGUAUGAUCUGGAAAUUCAGAAUGACACGGUGAAGGUGAUUGUCAUUUAUGGGGAAGACAAUGGGUUCCUGUUAUCUGAGGACCAUAUAUUCAAGAAAUCCAUCUAUUUCAUGGAAAUCCUGCAAGAAAUUAUAUUUCCUGAUGUAAUGAUCCCCUACGACUUCAAACUGAAUGACUUUCUUAUUCCAGAUCAAGAUACGACCUAUGCGUGUACAUUCCUUCCCAUGCCCAAGGUAUCUAGCAAACAUCAUAUUAUACGGUACGAGCCCAUUAUCGAUCCGGAUGCUGCCGACAUAGUACAUCACAUCCUAGUAUACGGUUGUGACAACUCCUUAAACUUUACAUCAGAGAUUGGAGAUUGCUACGGAGGUGACUCCAGAUAUGCAAAGUGUAUGAAUUCCAUGUUUGGUGCGGCAAUAGGUGGAGAGUGUGUCGGGGACAUAGAGCAUAGCCCCGCACCCCAACACCUGCAAAGCCGUGACCCCGGGCCUUGAUUCACUCAGUGCUAAA